CUCCUCCCUCGCACAAUGACAGAAGGAGAAUAAUCCAGGAAGCUGGGGUGGGACGGCGACUCCUCCAGAGCCCAGUGUGGGAUGUGUGUGCACCGGGGAGGCGGCUGAGCUAGCGGCGACAUGGAGGACCACCAGCACAAGGCGGAGAACGCUUUCAGUGGAGAUGAAGCAAGCUGCAUUGUCAAAGAGUGUGUAGAAGUCAUUCUGGGUGGAGUAGACUACGAUGAUAGUAGAGUCAAUGAGUGGAUGUCAGCCGUUGUGGAGCAGUCUUUAACGCAUCUAGUAAAGAUGGAAAAAGCCUUUAAAUAUAUCGUAACCUGUACAGUCAUGCAGAAAAGAGGAGGUGGUCUUCACACUGCAAGUUCCUCAUUUUGGGAUAACUCCACUGAUGGUAGCUGCACAGUGCGAUGGGAAAACCGGACCAUGUACUGCAUUGUCAACGUCUUUGCUGUGGCCAUACACCUAUAAGUGAAUGUCAGGAAAAUGUUUGCCCUUUGCACGCUUAAUGUUAAAAAAAGAAAAGAUAAAAAAGACACUUGCAAGUAAAUCUGACUAUACGUAGGUAUUACCAAACUACAGCAGCUUUAUUUUAAAGGCAGGAUAAAGCACAAUUUAUCUUGUGCCACUGAAGUUGCAUCUAGGAAAAACACGCUACUGCCAUAGCCUGCCACAUGAUGUAUUACUGAUGUGUAACAGAAUAUUUCCUAUAAAAAUGUAUUCAAUGAUAUGCAAACUCUCAGGUAUAGAAAUAUAUAAACUGUUAGUAAAAUAAAGCACCCUAAGCCACAGUAUACAGAAAAUAACUGCUUUAUAUAUUGUACAUUCAGUGAUAUUACUUCUAUAAUUUGGGAAUACCUGCAAAUGGUAAAUCAUUUUAAUACCGGUACAUACAGCGCUCUGCAUCUAGACCUUUAUUAAAGGGGUUAUCCCAUGAUUAAAGUAAAAAAAUUAAAUCAGAUAUCAUAGUAUCACAGCCUCAACUAGCCCUGUACCUGACAUGAAAACAGAGAUUGAUUUGCUUUGCUAGAUUUAUUUCAAGCUGCAAGCUCAGGGGGCACGUCCUUUAUCAGGGGGUGUGUCUUUUCUGCUGCAGCUGGUUAGAGUUGAAGGAUGGAACUGAGCAUGUGCGUCCGCCUCAGUAGGUGGACAAGAAAUAAGGAAAAGAGCAAACAGCAGGGGGCGCUAUACAGUUAUAUUUUAUGGAAUAUCUUAAUUGUACUACAUUUUUAAUCACAUGCAAUUAAAAAAGUAUCCAUGUUUUGGAGGAUAAUUUUUCCAUUCCUUUUAGCUUUAUUAUUGCUUUACGUUGGUCAUUUAUCGCCUUGUUACAGCAUGGUUCCAUUUACUUGCUAUUGGACAUUUGCACUGCUUUUUAACUUGAAGAUAUAUUGAUUAUAUUGAUUCAUUUACUUAUAGUAAUAUAAUGUAAGCCUUUUAAACCAAUUUUACCUUGACAGGACUUAAAAAAGAUUGUAUCAUGUAUACUGAAAGAUUUGUAUGGAUCUUAAGUUAAACCAAUAAAUGUAAACAGAACUCAG